AUGAUCACCAGGAACAACGAGGAGCUCCAGUUUCCCAUAGAAAAUGUUCAUGACCUGGCUGCGCAGUCCAAGAUUAAGCACGGCUGCAUGUCGUCGGGCUCAACACAGACGUUUUUCAAGGAAUCGAAACUGGAGCCGUACGAACGGAUGUGGACGGUGAUGUCGAACAAUCGCGAACACUCCCUGGCGUCAUCGACCGGCGAAGGCGUGGAGCGCGUCCGGAGAGGCGACUACGCAUUCGUGAUGGAGGCAGCAACCAUCGAGUAUCUCACAGACCGCGAUUGCCAGAGGGCUCAGAUUGGGGGCCCCCUCGACUCCAAGGGAUAUGGAUUCGCGCUGCCCCGAG